AAUCUCAUCAUGUUGGGGGAAAAUAAAACUCACGUUUGUGCGAUUACAGACUCCGACGCGUCCGAGAGUAUGUUUCGAGAAUUUGAGUACAAAGUGUCUUUUUAGGAUUUACUAUGAGAUGUGGAUGUCACUCGUGUUCCUUGUGAAUUUGGCCUAUAUUCCCUUGGACGCUUCUUUCGGCAUCCUGAUGAACCUAGAUUACGUGUUGAGUUUUAUGUUGAACGCAUUUUGUUUUUUAGAUAUUUUUAUGAAUUUUUGCACCGGAUACCGCCUUCCAAGUAAUGAAGAAAUUGCCAAACACUACGUUUUUGGAAUAUAUUUUAUAUGUGAUUUUUUGUCGUCCUUCCCGUACCACGCCGUCACAGACGUAAAACUGACUAACAAUGUUUUUUCUGUUUUGAAAAUUGUGAGGCUCGGUAGUUUACUGAUCUACAUGGAGAGAAGUUUUUCUUUUUUUAAAAUUAGAAGCUUUUACAUCCGGUUAGCGACAUUGAUACUACUCAUAAUUCACUACUGGGGUUGCUUAACAUUUUACCUCCCUCUGUUAGUGAUGAGAUUAACUAACGGAAUGGAAGAAAGGAAUUCAUUUAUAGCAAAAGUGAUUGGUAGUAUGACUCCAGGUUUAUCGGUCGUUGUUAAGGAGUACAUUUCGCACUUGUAUUAUGCCACGUCUUUUCUCUUGAGUAUCGAAUUAAAGUUUGCAUUUGAUUGUUCAUUUAUGGCGUACGUAGACGUAAUUGUUUUCUGCGUCUUUGGAAAAAUCAUUUGGGCUGCCAUAACAGUUGUACUUCUGGACCGUUAUCACCUUUACAAAAGUGUGGAAACUAAGUUCUAUUCGAUGAUCAGUCAAGUUGAUGCAUUCAUGGAGAUUCAUCAUUUCCCCAUUAAAUUGCAAAAGAAAGUGCAUCAGUACUAUAAAUACAAAUAUAGGUUGAGAUACUUUGACGAAAGUCGUUUUGACGAUAACAUUUCCGAAAGUUUACAAACAGAAAUUAGGUAUCAUCAGCUGCGCACCUUAGUCAAAAAUAUAACCUUCUUCGACGGUGUACCCCUGGAAGUUCUUGAAAGAGUGUUCAUACAUUUAAAAAAAGAAAUAUAUUUGCCACAAGACGUGAUCAUCAGAGCUGGUGCCAAAGGAGAUUCUAUGUUCUUCAUUAGUUCUGGAACUGUAGCCGUAUUCUCGCCAACAGGAAAAGAAGUUUGCCAUUUAUCCGACGGUGACUAUUUUGGUGAAAUCGCUAUAGUUUUUCCGAAUGAAAAAACCACCGCGACCAUAAUAGCUUUAGAAAUUUGCGAAGUGUAUAGACUCGAUAGGAAGCCGUUCAAACAAUGUAUGGAGAAACAAGAGGAUGUGUACAAAAAGAUUCAAAAAGAAGCCAAGAGGAGGCUAAAGGAGACCCAUCAGAUACACAGAAGGCAAAUUUUGGUCACGUCCAAGAAUCCCAAAGUGUCGUAG